AUGCGGCUCUCUGCUCGAGUGUUUGCUGCAGUCGCGCUCGUCGCUGCCUGCGCAACGUUUGCGCUGGUGGACGCGUCUGCGAGUGCCUCCCAGCAGCGUGGCGGUGCUGGAUUUAUCGCCAAGCCUGCUGGCGGCCGCCCCGUCGAAGGCGCCACCAUUGAGGACGUUGAGAUUGACGCUGGCUACCGCUUUGAGCUCUCCCUGAGCUCGCACCCGCUCGGCAGCCACGGCUCGUCCGGCGCGGCGCUCGUCUACUCUGCCCAGCGCCCUGGUGGCCUGGGCCUGCCCAACUGGCUUGCCUUUGAUGUUGCGACCAUGACCUUUUUCGGUCUGCCCCUCGAGCAGCACAUUGGCGACUACUUUAUCCAGCUGCUCGCUGUCGACCCGGUGUCUGGCGAGGAGCAGAGCGAGUUUUUCCUCAUCCGCGUCCACCCCGACGAGGCCCUCAACCAGCCGCCCUUCUUUAUCUUUGAGGUUGCCAUGUCGUCGAGCGUCGGCGCCUUUGCCGCCAUGCCCAGCACUGUCCAGCUUGUCCAGCUCAUCGACGAGCUUGCCGACCGCCUGUCGAUGCAUGCCUCCUUUAUCUAUGUCGACAACCUCGAUCUGAGCGACGAUGGCAUUCUCACCGUCUCGUGGCACUUCCGCUCGGGCGCGCUCGUCUCCACCGCCGAGAACGCCGACGCCAUCUCCACCCUGACCCAGCUCGGCGAGCAGCUCGAGCUUGUCGACGACGACAGCCUGUUGGCCAGCAUGGCGUCGAUUGAGGUUUCGCCCCUCUACUUUUUCGACCUGUUUGUCACCAACGCUGGUGCCCAGCUUGUCAAGACGCUCAUUCCCCUGAGCGAGGAUGCCACCAAGACCACGCACCGCCGCGAGGUUGCCGACAGCCAGCCCGCCUCUGGUCGCUACCAAGGUUUUGCCCUGCCCCCUGCCGACCGUCUGCUGCAAGGCCGUGUCUUCCGCCGCGCGCUCGGCACUGCGACGCCCACCCCGACUCCCACCGCCAGUGCCACUGCUACCGCCACCAUGUCUCCCUCGGCCUCCGCUUCGUCGAUGGCUCCGACUCCGACUCCCACCGCGUCCAACACGCCCGCGGUCUCCAGCACCUCGCUCCCGACCGCCACUUUCACUCCCUCUAGCGCCGCUAGCGUUUCCGCGACUCCCACCCCGUCCAGCACUUUUGCGCCCUCGGUUUCCAGCACUCCCGUUCCCUCCAGCACGGUCGCUCCCUCGGUCUCGAGCACCCCUGUUCCCUCCAUCACCGUGUCGGUCACCCCGGCGUCUGUCACCGAGACUGUUACCCCUUCCAUCACCGAGUCUGCAUCCGUCACUCCCACGAGCACCCCUGUGCCCUCUGUCACUGUCUCUGUGACUCCUGUUUCCGUCACUGAGACUGUUACUCCUUCCGUCACUGAGACUGUCACUCCUUCCAUCACCGAGUCGGCAUCCGUCACCCCCACGAGCACGCCUGUUCCUUCCGUCACCGUCUCGGUCACUCCCGCUUCCGCCACCGAGACUGUUACUCCCUCCGUCACUGAGACUGUCACUCCUUCCAUCACCGAGUCGGCAUCCGUCACCCCCACGAGCACCCCUGUUCCUUCCGUCACCGUCUCGGUCACUCCCGCUUCCGCCACCGAGACUGUCACUCCUUCGGUCACCGAGCCAGCUCCUUCUGUGACUCCCUCGGCUUCCGGCACCCCUGUUCCUUCCGUGACUCCCUCGGUGUCUGGCACUCCCGUUCCCUCUGUUACUGUUUCGGUCACCCCCGUUUCUGUCACUGAAACUGCCACUCCCUCGAUCCCCGAGUCUGCUUCCAUCACCCCUGUCUCGGUCUCUGGCACUCCGGUUCCUUCUGUGACCCCCUCGGUGUCUGGCACUCCUGUUCCCUCUGUGACUGUCUCGGUCACUCCUGUUUCCGUUACUGAAACUGCCACUCCCUCAGUCACCGAGCCCGUUCCUUCCGUCACCCCCGUCUCGGUUUCUGGCACCCCUGUUCCCUCUGUCACCCCCGUCUCGGUUUCUGGCACCCCUGUUCCCUCUGUCACUCCCUCGGUCUCGGGCACCCCGGUUCCUUCCAUCACUCCCUCGGUUUCGGGCACCCCAGUUCCCUCUGUCACGGUCUCGGUCACCCCCGUUUCCGUCUCGGGCACCCCCGUUCCCUCAGUCACUGCGUCGGUCUCGGGCACCCCUGUUCCUUCCGUUACCGCGUCGAUCUCGGGCACCCCUAUUCCUUCCGUUACCGCAUCGAUCUCGGGCACCCCCGUUCCUUCGGUUACUGCAUCAGUCUCUGGCACGCCAGUUCCCUCCGCCACUGUCUCGGUCUCGGGCACCCCUGUGCCAUCCGCAUCGGCCACUGCCACUGCUACCGCCACCGCUACUGUCUCGAUCUCGGGCACUCCAGUUCCCUCUGCAUCCGUUUCGGGCACGCCCGUUCCCUCUGCAUCGGCCACUGCCACGGGCACUCCUGUCCCAUCCGCCUCGGUCUCUGGCACGCCAAUUCCUUCUGCCACCGUCUCGGUCUCUGGCACGCCCGCUCCCUCUGCCUCUGCCACGGCUUCGGGCACUCCUGUUCCUUCGGUCUCGGUUUCGGGCACGCCUGUUCCUUCCGCCACUGUCUCCGUUUCGGGCACCCCCGUUCCUUCCGCAUCCAUCUCUGGCACUCCCGUCCCGUCUGCCACCAUCUCGGUGUCGGGCACCCCCGUGCCUUCCGCGUCGGUCUCUGGCACGGCCACUGCCACGGCCACUGCCACCGCCACAUUCACUCCUUCGAUGCCCACGGCCUCCUUCACUGACUCUGGCGUGCCCACUCCGUCCGUCCCGACCGCAAGCGUUACCGUCCCUGUCACUGACACUGUCUUGCCCCCGUCUGUUACCACUGAAGGCACCGUUGAGCCGUCUGGCACUUCCGAGCCCUCCGUCACUGGCACUUCCGAGCCCUCAGUCACUGGCACUUCCGAUCCCGAGCCCCCGGUCGAUUCUACCUCGGCCACCGUCGAGUCUUCCUCGGCCACUGUUGAGCCAACUGGUACUGUCGAGCCCUCGGUCACCGUCGACUCGACUGGUACCGUCGAACCAACCGGCACAGUCGAGCCAACUGGCACUGUCUCUGUCACCGAUGUCACGGCUACUCCCACCUCGACCGUCGCACCGACCCCUCCGAUCAACUGCGCGGACGCGACCGCCCCCGUGCUCAACAGCUCCAUCUCGAGCUUCUCGGUCACUGUGGGCUCUGGUACCGUCCAGGUCUUUGUGCCGCAGCCAUUCAUUGACAACGACGUUGGCGACGUGCUGACCUACACGCUGCUCACCUCCACUGGUGCAAACACACUGCCCAACUGGCUGAUGUGGACUUCGAUCGACGAUCCCUCUGGCACGUACAUUGGCUACUUUAGCGUGAUUGCCACGACCGCCGAGGCGCAGUCUGACUCGCCUGCCGUCUUUAUGCUGCGCGCCACCGACUCUUGCGGCAACUCUGCUGUUGGCUCGUUCGCCAUUACGCUUGUGCCCGACCUGUCCACGCCCAACGUGGUCUACCAGCUCGAGCUCGACACGCCGUGCACGGACUUUAGCGCUGCCCGUCGUGGCUCGGUUGAAGCCAACCUGCUCACCUUCCUCGGCCUGACCAGCGGCACCUUCAACCCCCGCGGAUAUGCCUGCGGUUCCACCAUUGUCAACUUUACGCUCAACGGCCACGACAACUCGCCCGCCGCGCAGCCGUUCAUCACCCAGCUCACUGACGCGUUCAACGGCGGCACGCUCGGCAUUGUGGUUGGCUACCCCGUCCUCAACUUUAUCGUGUUCAACAAUGGCGCCCUGCCUUCGUCGUCGCCCACUGGUGGGUUUGACAACAACAUUAACACGUCGUCGAACGACUUCAACACGACCAUCCUGCCCGGCAUCAUCCUUGCCAUCCUCUUCUUCCUGCUCGUUCUCUGCGUCGCCAUGUACGUUUACCGCCGCCGCCAGCAGGCUCACCGCUACGGCCCCUUCAACCCGUUCGCUGCCCGUCCCCCAGUUAUCCUCGAGGGCGACAAGCACGAGCGCAACCUCACUGGUAACUCUGUGGACCAAUACUUGCCUGCCGACGUUAAGGAGCAACAGGCCAAGCAACGGCAACAGCAAGAGCAGCUUCGUACUGCUCGCGACAAUGGCACGUUGACGCAGGCGCCAUCCGGCCCGUCUGCCACCACCGCUGCUCCCGCUCGCACGCUUCCCGCGUACCAGCACCCACCAGCGUUCAACGCGGCUACUUCUGCUGCUGCCCCUGUUCCAGCAACAGCCAGCACCAAGACGUUGCCAGCAUACCAGCCCCCACCGCCGUUCGAGUCGGUCAAGCACCAGUCGUCAGCAGCGGUCGAGUCGGAAAAGUCUGGCAGCAACUCCAACCUGCCAGCCUACCGACCCCCUCCGCCGUACGUCGGGCUACCAGCGUAUCAAAAAGAGUUGCUAAUUGACUAAGGGCAUGGGGGUUUGCCAUGUUUCUCUCGCUGGCUUGACUCUCCAUUUUUAAAUGUCUAUGUCGUCGUCCUUGUGUUUGUAGCAUUUUCUUGAGCGUGUUUGUGGUUUGUGUUUUGUUGUUUUUUUUUUUUUUUUUGUUGGUUCUUGUUUUUGUGACUUUUUUUUCUAAACCAAUCUGAAAUCACUUUUUUAUCCCA